AUGACGACAAUACGUAGGUUUUGCUGCAACGACCUUCUUCGUUUUACAAAUGUCAAUCUAGAUCAUCUCACCGAAACCUUUAAUAUGUCAUUCUACAUGACCUAUCUAGCGCGAUGGCCUGAUUAUUUCCAUGUUGCCGAAGGCCCUGGGAACCGAAUUAUGGGUUACAUUAUGGGUAAAGUAGAGGGGCAAGGAGACUCUUGGCAUGGUCAUGUAACUGCGGUAACCGUUGCUCCAGAGUAUCGCAGGCAACAGUUAGCCAAGAAACUAAUGAAUCUUCUAGAAGACAUCAGUGACAAUAUUGACAAAGCCUACUUUGUUGAUCUAUUUGUGAGAGCAUCAAAUGCACCAGCCAUCAAGAUGUAUGAAAAGCUUGGCUAUGUGAUAUAUCGACGAGUGCUACGAUAUUAUUCUGGGGAAGAAGAUGGAUUAGAUAUGAGAAAAGCAUUAUCUCAUGAUGUUGAAAAGAAGUCCAUCAUCCCUCUUAAACGGCCCGUAACUCCUGAUGAAUUAGAGUAUGACUAA